CUCAUGAUGAUGAACGUCAUGCAGCUGCAACCACCAACAGCGCAACACAAGCUCCGUCAAUAAUAUGUGAUACGCUUCAUCCAUUCUUUUCUUUUUCCCUCUCUCGUAUGUGCAUCAAUGGAGACCAGCAAAGCACAACAGCCACCACCACAAUCAAAACGAAGACAGAGCUCCACAUGCAGUGAAGAGCUUUUUGAGUUUGUCGAUUAUACGUCCGUUUCUAAUUUCGAACGGCUCAGCACGGCGAUCGAAGAGAUUUUGCACUCCUGGGGUUCCAAGGAUGGAGAAUACGGUAUCUUUUCCGACGAGAGUCUCAACACGACCAACGACGCCGUUGGUUUUAGCAGCACCAGCAACAUAAGCAACAAAAGCAAUAGUCAUGGUUCGCUUGCAGAGUAUUAUUUACGUCGCGAGUACUUGUCGAUUGGUGAAGAGACGUACCAGUUAACUUACCAUUGCCAUCCGUUUGCAAUCCAACGACAACAACGGCAACAACACCAGGAUCACCAGCAUCCUCUCGCUUUUGCCGAUUUCUAUCUACUUGGAUCAGGCGAUCAGCAACAACAACAACAGCAGGGUAGUGACAGCAAUGGCACCACUCCCCACCACAUACUGCAUCGAUGGACGGGAUUCGAUCGACUAUUCAUUAUUACACCCGUGUUGGAUUCUUUAAAGGCAAAGUUGUUCUCGUCAGGAAAACUAACGGUCGAUUUACAUCAAGCGAAAACGCUUAUAUCCGCCUGUGCGAUCGCUUUCCAAAACGCCAAAUGCUCUGUGCCUGUUUUCGUGCCCGUCGGUUCGGGACGCCGCAACAUGUAUAUUGGGUAUCUUAUGCAAGCGGACGAAGGCAACGGUGUACGCGACAUCGAGCUUCGAUUCAACACAGCCAUCACACAUCCGGUUUCUUCCCAGUAUACUCGACUGGAUGGUGUUCGCAAUCUCUUCCUUGCCAAACAGGAGGCAUUCUACGAAGAUUGCGGUGCAUUGCCCCCAAAUGAACAAGAUACCGAAAACGACUCUAUGGUUGCUGCUGUGUUCGCAUAUACUCUCAAAAACUGGUUUGACGAAAAUUGGAAAACCCUGGAUGGCUGGAUCAAUGACGACGAUCUUCCCGCCCUGCCCUUCGGCUCGUAUAAUGACCCACUCCGCACACUGGCAUUAAAUGCCGUGUUUCCUUUGAUGCCAUCCGAAGCAUACGAGGACAAUCCAAUUGAUACCAACAUGACGCUUGAUUCGGCUAAACAACUCUAUUUGUCGCGUGAAAUUGCACCAUUAUCGCAACAGCGCGCGUACCUUUCGACUUUACUCGACCAGGUUAUUGGAUCAUGGAUCCGUGACCCUACCAAUCGCGAUUACCUUUCACCUUACGACUCGAGUAACGAAAAUGGCAACAGUAGUAACAACGGACGCAUGGAAAGGGAGAACAACGGAUUGGUACGGAAUUUGUUUCAUGCCAUGGGACCCAAUCGACGCGGUGGUUCAAGUGCAGGCGUCGCAUCCAACAACCAGACCGGUGGAGCAGCCGCACAGGCGGAACACAUUGACAACAUUAUUCAAACACUGUUCGAUGGCCAACAACAGCACCUGAAAUUACAAAAAUCGCGUGACGAUUAUGUUAUAACCAUGCACAACAACAAAGACCAUCCAAAAGUAUAUACAGCCAGCUCACUCGGUCAUCGGAUUAAGCGCGGAACACCGGUACCUUACAGGUCCUUUUUCUGGAAUAUGAUGUUACUUUCAUUACAUUUACUAUCCGACCCGUCCAAACUGGAAAAGGGAAAAACAUGUAUCGCCUUCCUGAGGACUCUGUGGAUGGAAGUUGUCCGUCAAAUACGAUGGCAUUGGGAACAUCUCAAGCGAAUUCCAAAUGUCGAUAUCUCUCUUUAUGAUCAGUGCAGCGAUGAUGAUAAGACGGAGAAACUUGAUAACAACACAAAUGAUUAUCCGGAUGUACAUGGUAUAGAUUUGCGAUACAAUAUACUUCAUCAAAAGCUGGCUAUGGUCAACUGUUGUAUCCAACGUCGACUAGACAGCGGUGAUGAAAGCCAAGCAACAAAUGGAACCGAUAGUAGUUUACAGCGUCCGUUUAUUUCAAACCUAUUUGAUGACUUGGUAGCAGUUCAAAAACCGGAUGCUCGCUCCAAGGAUAGUAAAUUUGAUAAAUUCAACUCACUUUUGGAAAAGCUGGUGGAUGGAGACGAACAUCAAGAAAAUAGCCCAGUCUCAAUCGAAUCCGAACAGGGCGAGAAAAUUGAUAAUGAAAAAAGAAAAGAUGAAGACGAUGAAGACGAUGAUGAUCAAUCGGAUAUCAGCGACAGUGACAUGUUUUUCGAUCCAUUGGAAGAUUUCGAUGGCUCUGCAGACACCCCGAAGCGACCGAAAUCGGGCUCGCGCAAGUCUAGUGCUACUGCGACUGAUAAGACGGCAAAAUUAUCUUCAUCAUCAAGAUCGUCUUCAUUAUCAGAUGUAUCAGAACUGGCACACCCACAUUCUAUGACAGAAUCCUUUGUGGGCUUGAACUAUCCAUCAAGCGCAGAAUCCUACAACACUCGACAAUCCAACAGCAAACCGGUUGACCCAGAUCAGUAUGAAAUUAGGGAUCCAGAUGCUUUUGACGGUCGCAAGUAUCAGCACCCUACUUUGAAAAUUUUAAAAUCAAGCGAACCGAUGUGGGUACCUAUUACUCAGGAUGCAGGAUUUAUGACAGAAGAUAUGAUCAAACAGCAAGCGGACGUCUUCGAAAACCUGGGAACAUCAGAAAAUUCAACGCGUAUAAGAGCGAAGUUACAAUCUGCACAACUUUAUUCUGAUAUGCAAGCAUUUAAAGCCGCGAACCCACAUGCCACACUUGAAGAUUUUGUUCGGUGGCAUUCACCUAGAGACUGGAUUCAGCCCAAAGAGGAACAGGAAGAUGGACACGGAGGACGGCUUAGUGCUCGCAUGGCAGAUUCAAGUAAUAUAUGGCAAGAUCUAUGGAAGUGCUCUACACGAACACCGGCAAAUCGCCAAAAACCAUUAUUUGACGUAACUGCAGAAGGAGAAAAAGCGUUACAUUACUUAGAAACAUUAUCCAUCCAUGAAGUGUUUGCAAUCAUAUGAUACUCUGAUAUCUCAUCCUGCGGUUCGCUGUACGCUAGCAGUGGCAAAAGGCAUGUCUUUGCUUGGAGAAGAUAUUACCAGUUUUCCUUGGGAUUACUUGAGGAAUGGUAAAUGCACAGUGAACC